CCCCACACCCUUCUCCUCCUUCCCCAAUCCGGAAAGGCCGGGGAAGCAGCAGCAGCAGCGGGGAGGGAAGAGGUGAAUGAGCCGGGACUGGUCCGAGGAGGCGGCGUCCCCUUUAAAAGCAGCGAGCGCGGCGCGGCAACCGCUCGCUCCCCGCCUUGUGAUUGGCGAGGAGCCUCAAGCCCCCGGGGUCGUGACAUCAGCAGCGCCACAAAAAGCCAAGGAGGCAUCCAACCACCUCAAUCAAUUUGCAAGCGAAGGGAAGGGCCCGGGCACCCCCCCGCCUCCCCCAGUGCGCCGCGGGAGGAGCGCGUGCGAAGAGAGGGGGUCCCCCUACCGCUGCUUCCUCCUGCCAGGCGACUUGCAAAGGGAGCGGAGGGAAGAAGAAGAAAAAAUAGAGUCAAACUUCAUCUGGCUGCUGCUGGACUUGUCUCGCUGCUGAUGCUAAGGGCAUAUUUUUUCCAAGGAGGCUGUUAACUGUAUUGCAUAUAGAUCUCUCUCUCUCUACACACACACACACACACACACCCAGAGGAAGCAACAACGCUUGUGGCUCGCUGCUUUGCAAAGGGAGAGCCCCGUCCCUGGCUGAGACUUGCCCUCUGCCGCCUCCUCCUUCUCAACCCGCUGGCUCCAAGUAUGUUUCAGGGGCGGACUGCGCUCCGGGGCGCUUCUGCGUCUUGCCCCGCCGCUGUCAGCGGAGCCGCGGCGGAGUGACAGCCAGGGAUGCCGCAGAAACGCACCGGAGUCCCUCCUGCAGACACGACCCCGCUGCUGCUCGCAGGUAGCGCCCGGGCCGUCGCGGAGCGGCGGGAGCCCUCUGCCCGGAGAUGACUCCCCGGAGGAGCGAUGGGCUGCAGCGGAGGCGUUAGGGCGCCCAAAGGAAGAGGGCGACGAGCCCAGCAGCCGCCCAGCCUCUCCCAGGAGAGGGAAGCCGGUGGCUUUGGCUAAGGACGUAGCAGGACUAUUUCCCUCUUGCUCGGAGAGCUUCCCCCCGGGCUGCUGAAACUUGCCCGGAGAAAAUAACUUCCCUCCCCGGCUCUGUCUGCUGGGAAUCUCGCCCCCACUUCCCUACCCACGGGGGUACCUCAUCGCAAACCCCGCACGCCACUGGGGAGGUGCUUGUAGCGGAUACAAAUCCCCUAACCGGCCGGGAACCCCCUUCGCUCUUCCCGGGCCAGACCCUUUCUAUGUGGAGCCCGUUUCAAUGGACGUGCCCCAGUGCGCCGCUGCUGCCGCUUAGGCGAUCGGCGGGCUCCUAAAGGUUGACCAUGGUGGCCGCCAUCCGCUCCCUGCUAGCGCUGCUGCUGUACCAGGUGCUGCUGGGCGGCUCGGCCGGGCUCAUCCCGGAGGUGGGCCGGCGGCGCUUCAGCGACUCGGGCCGCGCCGCCCCGCAGGAGCUGCUGAGCGAGUUCGAGCUGCGUCUGCUCAACAUGUUCGGGCUGAAGCGGCGGCCGAGCCCCAGCAAGAACGCCGUCAUCCCGCCCUACAUGCUGGACCUCUACCGCCUGCAGGCCGGCCAGCAGCUGGGCCACUCCGCCCCGGGCUACCCGCUGGAGAGAGCCGCCAGCCGCGCCAACACGGUCCGGAGCUUCCACCACGAAGAAGCUUGGGAAGAGCUCCCAGAAGCAAGUGGGAAAACAGCGCGGCGCUUCUUCUUUAAUUUAACUUCCAUCCCUAACGAGGAGUUUCUCACCUCGGCUGAACUUCAGAUUUUUCGGGAGCAGGUGCAGGAAACCUUUGAGAACAAUAGCAGCUACCAUCACCGUAUUAAUAUUUAUGAAAUUAUAAAGCCAGCCACAGCCACUUCUAAGGACCCUGCCGCAAGACUUUUGGACACCAGGUUGGUGCAUCAGAAUGCAAGUAAAUGGGAAAGCUUUGAUGUAACACCAGCUGUAAUGAGGUGGAUUGCACAUAGACAGCCUAAUCAUGGGUUUAUAGUAGAGGUGGUUCACUUGGACAAUGAGAGCAGUGUUUCGAAGAGGCACGUUAGGAUUAGCAGGUCUUUGCAUCAGGAUGAAGAUAGCUGGUCUCAGCUCCGGCCGUUGUUAGUAACUUUUGGCCAUGAUGGCAAGGGACACUCUCUCCAUAAAAGAGAGAAACGCCAAGCAAAACACAAACAGCGCAAACGCCACAAAUCCAGUUGCAAAAGACAUCCUUUAUAUGUGGACUUCAAUGACGUGGGGUGGAAUGACUGGAUUGUUGCCCCACCAGGAUAUGGUGCCUUUUACUGCCAUGGGGAAUGCCCUUUUCCAUUGGCAGAUCACCUAAACACAACAAAUCAUGCAAUUGUUCAGACUUUGGUCAAUUCCGUGAAUUCCAAAAUCCCUAAGGCUUGCUGUGUUCCGACAGAACUGAGCGCUAUUUCCAUGCUCUACCUUGACGAGAACGAAAAAGUUGUAUUAAAGAACUAUCAAGAUAUGGUUGUGGAGGGUUGUGGGUGCCGCUAACUAUAUUAGACAAAUACAAAAAAAGCUGACACUUUAAUAUUUCCCAAUGAAGACUUUAUUUAUGUAAUGAAAUGGAAAGAAAAAAAUACAACUAUUUUGAAAAUUAUAUUUAUGUCCACAAAAAGUUUGGGAAAACAAAUAUUUUAAUCAGAGAAUUAUUCCUUUAAAGAUUUUAAAUGUAUUUUAGUUGUACAUUUUAUAUGGGUUUAAUCCCAGCACAUGAAGUAUAAUGGUCAGAAUCUUAUUUUGUAUUUAUUUACUAUUAUAACCACUUUUUAGAAGAAUAGCUAAUUUGUAUUUAUAUGUAAUCAAAAGAAAAAAAAUAUAGGGUUUGUACAUAAUUUUCCAAAAUUGUAGCUGUUUUAAUUGUGUGUAUUUAAAUUGAAAAGAAUACAUGGAAGGUUACUAUGGCAAAGUGCAUAGCACAUUUGCUUUCUGCUGUGCUACUGUUAAGGUCACAAGUUCAAGUCCAGAAAAAAGUGGAUAAUCCACUCUGCUGACUUUCAAGAUUAUUAUAUUGUACAAUUCUCAGGAAUGCUGCAGGGUGGGCUGUCCAAUCCAUGAGAACUGGCAUCCUCGUUAGGUGGAACAUUUUGGAUAAGAACCAGACAUUACUGAUCUAGUAUACUGCUAUUCCCAACUCAUUUGCAGAGUGAAUACAAGCAGGGCCAAUAGAAAUCUUAAGGAAAAAAGGCUGAACUCUUCUUAGACCUACAGAAAAGUUGAAUGUUUGUCAUUCUUCUCCUUUACUAGUCCUCUCAUUUAAAUCCUUAUCCUGGCCAAAUAUUAAAUAAUAAAAUAUGAUUUCUUUUUCUUUUUUUUUGUGUGUGGUGAUAUAUGCUAAAAAAGGAACAACAAUUUUAUUUCUAGUGGCCCUUGUCUAACAGUUGGGAAUACAAUUACUUUUUUCUUACCUCAAAUGAGAGCUCCUUUUAUGUGGAAUACUAUAGAGAAUUAAUCUUCAAACUUUACCCUAAGUACAGCAAACUAUUGUUAUCUGUGGGCUCUAUCUACUUUCAACUGCUGGUUUUGCUGACUCUUGGAGUAGUUUUGUCUUUCUUUCCAGGGUCUUGUGUUUUGAAAGCAUUUUCCCACCAAAUGUUAAACCGAUUUCAGAUAAUAAAUAAUAGAGCUCUGACAUUUCAUUCUGCAAAGUCCCAUCUGUAAGAGCAAAUGGUUCAUUCACAAAGAUAAACUGUGUUUUCUGGGUUUUCUUGCUUCUUAAAUUCUUCAUUUUAUUAUAUAAAAAGGGCAAAAGCAUGAUUUGCAGUUGGCAAGCAAGGCAUUAAUUGCAGUUCAUACUUACCGAACACUUACAAGACUGUUGGUGUAGUAAUUUGCAAGUAACUUGUAGAAGAUGGGAAGAGGAUACAGAGGCCUGGGUUUCUUGUUGCAUUGGAAGCCCUGCCAAAUAUUAGACUUAAAAAAUACCUGAGAUUGGCUUCUUGCUGAUGUAUUGUAAAUUGGACUGAAGCCAAGUGCAGAAUGAAGUUAAAUUAGCUUACAGGUGGUAAGUUCAUUCUUACAUUCAGAACUCCUAGCUCUUUAAAGCUGUAGAAUUGGCCAUAGAAUAAUGAUUCUGUGAUUAUAUCCUCCAGGAACUUUGAAAGUUGCUUUUUUGUUUUUAAAUCCAAUCAACCAAAGCCUUUGCCAGAAGGUGUCACUUCAAAGCCAAGAGGGCAGUUCUCCAUCCAUGGACCUUUUAGGUCAGCUUCUGAAAUAAUAUCAGAUGCCAGCCAGUCACUAACUUGCUUAACGUUUGGGGUUGUUUUUGUUCGUUUUUGAACUACUAAUAAAUACCAGUAUGCUACAAUGGAUGUACUAACUGGGCUUGUGGGUCAAAAGAUUUCUAAAUAGACGAUAUCUUUAAGGCCUGUUAAGGAAUAAUUCCUCUCCCUCUGCCCCAAAUAAAGCUGCAAAUGCAAUCGUCAUUAGAGGGGACAGGAGAGAAAAAUUAGAGUAAUUACCAGUUGGUUGCCUUUUUUUGUGAGCCUAAAAUAUUUAUUAGGUUCAUAGUCAACUUCUGUGGCAGGAUAAGUUUAAUAGAUACAUAAUUUAUUCUAGCAAUAUGAUUUUUAACACCUCUAUAAAGAGAUCUUCCAUUCUAUAGCUUUGUUUGUUUUGGAACAUCUAACGUUUAUUUGUAAUGCUGAUUCAAGAGUGUGGCCUAUGUUUUUGCUGGAUGACCAGUCAUCUUGGUUUCUAAAGUGCUCGUGGCAUUUUGUGAAGAUCUGCUUAGGCUAUUAUAACAAUCGCCGAUUUUAACUUUCAGUUCCUUGCCCCCUUAAAAAAAAUAUGCACCGUGUUUUGGUCUGCACUCGAACUUGUUGAACAAGCCGCUGGCCAUUGGAUCCUGAAGGCUGCAAGUCACAGGAGUAUGGGGCAGUUAACAGAUUCUCUGGGAGUUCAGUAGUGAACAGUUGCAAUGCAUAGUCUUUGCAGUCAGAGCGAUACUGGAGCCUUCUCCCCUCCGUGCUGCAGAAGCAGAUCUUGAACUGCAGAGAAAUUCAAGAGGUCAUGCCUUGGAUUAGACCACUUUUAUUAGCGUGAAGGGUCCGAUCCAAAACCCACUGAAAUCAAUAGGAAACCUUCCAUUGUCUUCUAUUUACGCUUUUGAAUUAGAUCUUAAAUUCUUGUGUCUCCUGACUAAAGUUCACAGCUCCUAACUCAUUGUAUGAAACACUAAUUUUAGAGGCUUAGAGAAUAGUGACUGUUUCACUUCUCCUCUAAGGCAUGAGUACACAUUGAUGCUACAGCACUUGUCCAAGCAUGAGCUGUAGCUGGCUCAGGGCCUGACACUGCAUUCCUUUAUAAAGGCAAAAUUCAUACUGAAACCAAUUGGCUUGGUUUCAAUUGGAAACCAAUUGGUUUGGCUUGACUAAAGACUGUACCUUAGUAAAAUACAUGGUGAGGCCCAUGAGUAGCUGUAAGUCCAUUAGGGCCCUGAUCCUGGGAACACUUCUGUAACUGUGAAUGACUCGUGCACAAAGAGGCUUCUUGUGUGCGUCAAGUGAGGGGUGUCUGCAGAACUGGGCUUACAAUAUUUAUAUUUUUGAAAAAAGUGUAACCCCCAAAACCAUUUCUCUAGAUUGAAAAUGUCAUUGAGUUGAAGGGGGUGGUCAGGGACUUUAAAAGAAUAGCAUAGAGUACGUCUAUUUGUAGUGAAUUUGGUCUUGAAGGUUAAUUGGGACCCACGACUAAACUCCGGAAAAUAGUCUCUGAUAGUCCCAUUGGAGUUUUGGGUCUAUUGACAAUUGCUAAAUCAGCCUCCUCAAUACUAAAAGUGUGCUAUUAUAACAGUCCUUAGAGUAUUCUUUUUCUACAAGAAGAAACAGUUGUCUUUUAUUUUAUUUUUUUUCUCAUAAGAGAAAAUUCAGAAGAUACAGAAGCCAUACCCUUGCCCUUUCUAAUCUGCCAGUGUUUGAGACACAAUCUUAAAUUUCCAUUAGCAAGCAUAUUACUUGACAUGCCUCUGAUCUAUGUGUGGUGAAUCUGGUAGACAGGCAUGUUAUUGUUAUUUGAAACUUACAAAUAAGCAUCUCUCCAACUAUGAAGUGAUCGGCAUCUCUGCCUAGUAUCCCUGACCUUUUCACGGGACACCCUAAUGCAGUGGCUCUCAGCCUUUCCAGACUACUAGACCCCUUUCAGGAGUCUGAUUUGUCUUGAGUACCCACAACU